GGUCCGCGGCUGGAGAGCGUGAGAGUUUCGGCCGUGGCGGAUCCGACUGCGAUUCGUGCUUAAAUCCCGGCGGACAGCAUGCGUUGGUCUCAGGAUUUGUUCCGCGCCUUAUGGAGAGCGCUGUCAAAGGAAGCGAAGCAGCAAGUAGGCAAAGACCAGUUUGGGAACAAAUACUACUAUGUCCCGGAAUACAAGAACUGGAGAGGACAAACUAUUCGAGAGAAAAGAAUUGUAGAAGCAGCUAAUAAAAGAGAAGUAGACUAUGAAGUUGGAGCUAUCCCAACAGAAUGGGAAGCUUGGAUUAGAAAAACAAGAAAGACUCCACCUACUAUGGAGCCCAGCAGCCAGUUCUUCCCCAGUCCUUACAACAGCACAUUGAAGAAGACAGCAUUGUUAUCUCCAUUUUACACGAGGAAACUGAGACACAGAGAGUGCAGCGACACUGAGAGGGAAAUACUAAAGAAUGAAAAAAAUAGAGAAGAAAUUAAAAUUAAAAAUCAAGAUCUUUAUGAAAAAGAAAAACUCCUCAGGAAAGGGAGCAAUGAAGAACUCUUGGCUUCACCAGUUCAAACUCAGAUCAAAGGGCAUGCCUCUGCUCCAUACUUUGGAAAGGAAGAACCCACCGUGGCUCCCACCAGCACUGGUAAAACCUUUCAGCCAGGAUCCUGGAUGCCACAAGGCGGCAAGAACCCCAACCAAUGAAUGCACUGUGGUAGUAUUUCAUUUGUAGGUAACUUUUUUAACAAUAAAAGAAGUAAAAAAUUACUGUUA